AUGUCUGACGGUCAUGGGGAGCCGAAUCAGCUGAAUUCCAGUAGAAAAGAAAGUGUCGCAGCAGCUAAUGUGCCUAGUGAUAGUCCUGUGACGGACCCUGGGCAGGUGCGUGGCGGGAACACUGAGGCUGGUGCAGCAGCAAGCAAAUACGAGGGCCAGCGCGGGAAAUCGGGUGCUUUGAAAAAAUCUGCCCGAUACAGGAGCAGAUCACUUUCCGCGUCUUCUGCAGAUUCCUACAGUUCUACAUCAUAUACUGGGUCAUCAUCAGACGAAGAUGAAGGAGUUCAACCUCAUGAGAAAGCUAUCGCAGCUGGACAGCCAAAUCCAGCAUAUUGCGUCCGCAAUAUUGAACAGCAUGCCUUCGGGAGACGGGAGAUUGAGAUCGCUGAACAGGAGAUGCCGGGGAUCAUGGCGCUCAGAGCGAGGGCCAAGGAUGAUAAGCCUCUGAAGGAUGCUAAGAUAGUAGGCUGUACUCACAUAAACGCUCAGACGGCGGUGUUGAUCGAGACGCUGGCGGCGCUGGGCGCGACCGUGCGCUGGGCAGCUUGCAACAUAUACAGCACGCAGAAUGAAGUAGCUGCCGCUUUGGCUCAUGCGGGCUACGCAAUAUUCGCAUGGCGCGGCGAGAGUGAAGAAGCGUUCUGGUGGUGCAUCGACCAGUGUUGUACUCCCACAGCGACGUGGACACCUAACAUGAUCCUCGAUGAUGGAGGGGACGCCACCCAUCUGAUGCUGAAGAAACACGCCGCGGCCUUCAAACAUAUUAAGGGUAUAGUGGAAGAGAGCGUGACAGGCGUCCACCGCCUGUACCAGUUGAGUAAGGCGGGCAAACUGUGCGUGCCCGCCAUGAACGUCAACGAUUCCGUCACGAAGACCAAAUUUGAUAACUUAUAUUCUUGCCGGGAAAGUAUAAUAGAUGCUUUGAAGCGCAGUACAGAUCUAAUGUUUGGGGGUAAGCAGUCGGUCGUGUGCGGGUAUGGUGAGGUCGGGAAGGGGUGCUGUCAGGCGCUCAAGGCUUUGGGAUGCGUUGUGUACGUGACAGAGAUAGAUCCAAUAUGCGCGCUACAAGCCGCCAUGGAUGGGUUCAGAGUCGUCAAAUUAAACGAGGUGAUAAGACAAGUGGACAUAGUAAUAACAGCGACGGGCAACAAGGGCGUGGUGACCCGGGAGCACAUGGAGCGCAUGAAGAACGGGUGCGUCGUGUGCAACAUGGGCCACAGCAACACUGAGGUCGACGUGCACGCGCUGCGCACGCCCGACCUGCUGUGGGAGCGGGUCAGGAGUCAGGUGGACCACAUAAUAUGGCCAAACGGCAAGCGUAUAGUCCUCCUAGCUGAAGGUAGAUUGGCGAACUUAUGUUGUUCCUCAUUACCGUCGUUCGUGGUCUCCGUCACCGCCGCCACACAGGCGCUCGCACUCAUCGAACUGUACAAUGCGCCGCAUCAUCGGUAUAAGGCUGACGUAUACCUAUUACCAAAGAAAAUGGACGAGUAUGUAGCCAGUCUACACCUUCCUACAUUCGACGCCCAUCUGACGGAACUAACAGACGAGCAGGCGAAAUACUUAGGCUUAAAUAAAGUAGGCCCUUUUAAACCCAACUACUAUAGGUACUAG